AUGUCAGACCCCGCAAACUACGCCGUGGGCUGGAUAUGCGCCAUAGGCGUCGAGUAUGUGGCUGCGCAAGAGUGCCUCGAUGAGGAGCAUGAAAGUCCAAGGUCUCUGGCUUCGAAUGAUACAAAUGACUAUACACUGGGAAGAAUUGGAGAUCAUAACGUGGUGGUCGCCGUCUUGCCAGACGGGGAGUAUGGAACCGUUUCUGCUGCGAGCGUGGCAAAAGACAUGCUGCACAGCUUUCCCAACAUCAAAAUCGGUCUCAUGGUAGGCAUUGGCGGCGGUGCACCAAGUGCAAAGCAUGAUAUUCGCUUGGGCGAUGUUGUGGUUAGUGCCCCUCGCGAGGGCGAAAAUGGUGUGUUCCAGUAUGAUUUUGGCAAGUCGAUACAGGGCCAGAGCUUUCAACACACGCGGUUCUUGAAUCAGCCACCAACGUCACUACGCACAGCAGUAGCGGGUAUACAGGCGCAAUAUAAAAGGAAAGGUCAUCAGCUCAAGGAGGCUGUCCACGGGAUUCUCAACAAGAAUCCUAGGCUCCGGCGCGAGUACGAACAACCAAGCACGGAUAGGUUGUUCAAAGCCGACUACCUACAUGAUCCAAGAGGCUGUGCAUAUUGUGCAGAAGAUUCGUCAAACUUGGUACCACGACCUGAGCGGAGUGAAUAUACGGAUGAUCCUACCAUCCACUACGGUCUGAUUGCUUCUGCGGAUCAGCUGAUGAAGGAUGCUUUGAUUCGAGACAGGCUUGCCGCGGAAAGGGACGUUCUAUGUUUCGAAAUGGAGGCUGCGGGUCUCAUGAAUCAAUUUCCCUGCCUGGUGAUCCGCGGGAUCUGUUACUACUCAGACUCGCAUAAGAGCAAAGAGUGGCAAGGAUAUGCAUCAAUGAUUGCAGCUGUAUAUGCCAAAGACCUAUUGCUGAGAAUCCCUUCAAGUAGGGUGAAGGAUGAGAAGCGACUUGGUGAUUCAGUAUCUGAACCACAAAACGUUGCCGAGGAGCAUAGGAAUAUUGCACAGAAGCAGCUUGAAAUCCAGGAAAAUGCAGUCAAGCAAAGACUCACAGACGAGGAAAUGGAAUGUCUUCAGUUAUUUCGUCUUGUCACAGAUACAAAUGAUGUCACAUAUGAAUGGUACAAGGAUCGUGUUGAAGCCCGAUUGGAGGGCACCUGUGAGUGGUUUCUAAACCAUCAGAAUUUCCGAAGGUGGUUGGAACAAGAUUCUGGGCCUUUGCUUGUCUCAGCCGACCCAGGCUGUGGGAAGUCUGUCCUGGCGAAACACCUUAUCGAGGACAAGCUACCACGAUCUGCCACGAUCUGUUAUUUCUUCUUCAAAGACCAGGACCAGAACAAAGUCAGCCAAGCGCUUUGCGCUCUACUCCAUCAACUGUUUUCUCAGAUUCCAUUCCUCAUAAGACACGCAAUAGAGGAUUUCAGAAAGAACGGGCGCCACCUCAUCAAAGCGACUAAGUCCCUCUGGGGUAUCCUGGGAAGAGCCGUGAAAGACCCCAAUGCUGGACCUAUCAUCAUCGUUCUAGAUGCCCUAGAUGAAUGUGCUGAAUCGGAAUUCAAUAACUUGAUAUCAGGCAUUGAGGCUCAAUCACGCACUGAUCAUUCAAGCCAGAGCAAGCUGAAGUUUCUCUUAACAAGCCGCCCAUAUGAUCGAAUUAUCUCCAGUUUUGGGAGCUUACUGGAAUCGUUCCCGUAUAUUCGUAUACCAGGCGAGGAGAAGUCAGAAAGUAUCAGUCAAGAGGUCACUCAUGUCAUCCGAUAUCGCGUCGAACAACUAGCUCGACAAACAAGUCUUUCAGAUCGGGUCAAAAAUCACCUUGCAACAAGACUGCUCAAAGUUCCACACCGUACCUAUCUUUGGGUAUACCUUGUGUUUGACUUCUUAGCAACCGAAACUUUCAAGAAAACACCUUCUGGAGUUGAUCCAACUUUUGCAUCCCUGCCAACAACAAUGUACAAGGCCUAUGAGCAGAUUCUGAAGAAGUCGAAGAAAGACCCAACUGUUUGGAAGGCCUUGAGCAUCAUCUUGGCAGCAAGCCGACCCUUAUCACUCUCUGAAAUGAAUGUUGCAUUGAAUGUUGACGGCAAAUCAAAGUCAAUUCACGACCUUGAUCUUGAGGAAGAAGAGGACUUCAGCUCACGUCUCAGGUCUUGGUGUGGAUUGCUUGUUUCAAUCCACCACAACAAGAUUUAUCUGCUUCACCAGACUGCGCGGGAGUUUUUACUUGCGCAUGAAGUAUCACCUACCACUGUUCCUUCAGAGUCAGCCUGGCAGCAUUCUAUCACCAGCCAGAGCGCGCACAAUGUCCUUGCCGAGGUCUGUGUCAUGUAUCUUGACUUCAUCAAUAAUGAAACUCUUGCUGCGGAUGUUGGAGAAACUCGCCAGAGUCUCUCCAUCAUUAAUUGGGACGAUCAUCAUCGCAAUGCUCGCAUUAGUAUUGGUGCUGAUCUUGUACCCUAUACAUUGAGCAUCUGCAGUCUACACUCAAGGAGUCGGUCAAUAUGGCUUGAAAUUCACCAGCGCCAAUUUCUUUCUGGGGUUCCUCACAAUACAUGUAGUCUCACUCUGAUGUCUUAUCUUGGACAUGAGGCAACAGUCAAAUUGCUGCUUGAAAAAGGCGCUGACCUUGAGUCAAGAGACAACGAUGGCGUAACCCCGCUAUCAUGGGCUGCAGAAAAUGGGGAGGAGGCAAUGGUCCAACUGUUGCUUGAAAAAGCUGCCGAGCCGAAUUGGAGUCAAAGUGACGAAGAUGACCUACUUCGCUAUCACGGACGAUAG